UUGCCGGUUCCGGUUCCGGAAUGACAGACUUUGCAUUGUGCGUGAGGAGGCUGUGAAUAAAAGUUGAGUUGUGGUAGGAUACGCCUUCUAAGCACUCGUUUCGCUGGUUGUCAUCAUGGCCAACCGACUACCUGCCAUCGUGAUAGAUAAUGGCACAGGGUACACAAAGCUUGGUUUUGCUGGAAACAAGGAGCCACAAUUCAUCAUUCCAUCUGCUAUUGCAAUACGAGAGAGUGCCAAGAUUGGUGAUCAAGCUACGAGACGACUUACCAAGGGUAUUGAUGACCUUGACUUCUUCAUUGGCGAUGAGGCUUUAGAUGCUGCAGGUUAUUCCGUGAAGUAUCCAAUCCGCCAUGGUAUCGUCGAAGACUGGGACCUUAUGGAGCGGUUCUGGGAGCAGUCGAUAUUCAAGUACCUGAGAGCAGAACCUGAAGACCACCAUUUCCUACUGACGGAACCACCUCUCAACACUCCAGAGAACCGAGAGUAUACAGCGGAAAUUAUGUUUGAAUCCUUCAAUGUGCCAGGCCUUUACAUAGCUGUGCAGGCUGUGCUGGCUUUGGCUGCUUCUUGGACGUCUCGUCAGAUGGGAGAGCGAACCUUGACAGGUUUGGUGAUAGACUCCGGCGAUGGUGUUACACACUGCAUUCCAGUUGCUGAAGGUUAUGUAAUUGGAAGUUGCAUCAAGCACAUUCCAAUCGCUGGACGCAACGUAACCUAUUUCAUCCAGAACCUCCUGCGAGAAAGGGAGGUUGGCAUUCCUCCUGAGCAAUCAUUGGAAACUGCCAAAGCCAUAAAGGAGAAGCUGUGUUACAUCUGUCCAGACAUUGCUAAGGAGUUCUCGAAGUACGAUCAGGAGCCCGGUAAAUGGAUCAAAUGCUUUAAGGGCAUGAAUGCAGUCACAAAGCAGCCCUUUAGUGUAGAAGUUGGCUACGAGAGAUUCCUUGGGCCCGAAAUAUUUUUCCAUCCUGAGUUUUCCAAUCCAGAUUUCACAACUCCUAUAUCAGAAAUUGUUGAUACCUGCAUACAGAGCUGUCCGAUAGAUGUGAGACGUCCGCUGUACAAGAACAUCGUCCUGUCUGGAGGGUCUACUAUGUUUCGUGACUUUGGUCGCCGUCUUCAGCGAGACCUGAAGCGUGUUGUGGAUGCCAGACUCAAAUUUAGCGAAGUGCUCAGCGGUGGUCGCAUCACGCCGAAGCCAAUGGAUGUCCAAGUCAUCUCGCACCACAUGCAGCGAUAUGCAGUCUGGUUUGGUGGCAGUAUGCUGGCUUCUACACCUGAAUUUUACCAAGUCUGCCACACAAAGAAAGACUAUGAAGAAUGUGGUCCAAGCAUCUGCCGCCACAACCCAGUCUUUGGUGCCAUGACAUAGACUACACCAUAGUCCUGACAGUUAAAGCCGAGCAAUUCCACGUGGUGAUAUGGAAGUCAUGAUGUUUCACAGUUUUCUGUUGUAUACAUACGGCAUUGCCUGAUAACAUUUGAAAAAUGAACAAUUCUUGUAAUUUCAUCACCAUAGCUUUUAAACUAUCUGUAAAUGUAAAACAAACAAAUCCUAGAGAUUUUGUUGUGGGGAUGACAAAGCCUGUGUUAUUGUUGCAGUAUGUUCAUUUUGUAAUUUAAGUAUGCAGUAAUAUAAUAUAGCAGUAUGUGUUGUCCUGAAGUUCAGAACUGUUGCACUAAUGGUUUGCUUCAUGUGAUUGUACAUAACUGAGUAUUUCAAGCAAUUAUUUGUCUUUCGGAAGUUACCCACUGCAGUGCUUGAAGUUUUUUACUGCAACACCAUUUGAAAUAAUUUCAUACUAUGCUUGAGUUGAUUUCACAUCAAUCAGCUGCCAUUCAGAAAAUGCACUUGUGAUCUGGAUAUCUUAGACACAUGUAAAAAAUACUGUGUUUGCCAUAACUCUGUAUUUUAAAUAAACUUGGUAGCAUUUUCA